GCGUCAACGCCAGUCAGUACGUCGCUGCCUUUCCUCUCCCGACUCCCGUUCACCACACUACUUUCCCUCGUGCGGCCGCCGCCCUACAACAGGUGCCCCAGGUCUUCGCUGCGCCAUUCGCCAGCGACGAGCACCCAACAGGGGUGUACAUGUCGAUGUUGCCUCUUUAUUCGGCGCUAAGAAGCUCAGAAACAUCGCUGACAUCCACAUGCACCACAGUAGUUCAGUAGAGUAGCUGUUGGAACCCACACACCGGCGAUGGCAACUGCUCCUGUGACAUCCUCCAUGGCUACGAACUCCACCUGUGUGCGGCUGCCUAGCAUGCCCCUGAGGCGUGCACCCGCCAUCGUCUCCUUUGCCUCUCGUCCAUGGUCAACCGCAAUGACCUCAUGUACUGGAUUGUCGCGGCACUCUGAUGUGGUUGCCGCCGCGGGGCACCAGAAGUUGAUGGGGUCUUUGAACAACAACGAGGGACUCAUGUUUGGGGUGGUUGUGGCACGGUUCAACGAGGUCGUGACAAAUUUGUUACUACAGGGUGCCCUGGAAACUUUCGAGCGAUACUCUGUUAAAGCAGAAAAUAUAACAGUUGUUAGUGUUCCUGGAAGCUUUGAAGUUCCUAUAACGGCACAAAAGCUUGGGAAAUCUGGAAAAUUUGAUGCAAUUCUGUGCAUUGGAGCUGUGAUUAGAGGUGACACAACCCACUAUGAUGCCGUUGCAAACUCAGCUGCAUCAGGUGUACUCAAUGCUGGAUUAUCUGCUGGUGUUCCUUGUGUAUUUGGUGUUCUAACCUGUGAAGACAUGGAUCAGGCACUGAACCGUGCUGGUGGCAAGGCUGGAAACAAAGGAGCUGAAGCUGCUCUUACUGCCAUUGAGAUGGCCUCGCUGUUCCGGCAUCACUUAGGCUGACACCUUGUGUAUUCUGAUUUUCUAUACACGAGGCGGCAGCAUUUCCUCCUAUCAAGAGUUUUGGCUAAUAGAGAGCUUUUCCGCCGCGGCUAGUAUAAUUUAUUUCCAAGUCUGUUGGUCCGGUGCGGAUUGGUUGCUUUCCUUCUAUGAGACCUGAAAAGCUCACAAGACAUAUCUGUAAUGUAAACCUGACACCAUGAAUAAUUGUCGCCACGAACGAAAUAUGGUCAUGAAUAAAGAUGCACUAGUGUUUUGUUACGUA